CCCUCCGAUCUACGUUCCAUCUCAUUGUCUACCGUGCGCUCUUCAUUCUGCCAGGAAUGACUCUCUUUUUGUUUGCGGUGGCCCUACUCUAGCCGUGUGGUCGAAGAUCCCCGCUUUGCACCCGUCUGCCGCAAGCACGCCUGUCUCCUCCUCCGGGCCCUUUCUCUCCCUCCUUUGUCUGUCAUCUCAUCCCCAGCCCGCAGGAUGAUUACUGCUACAUCCUUUUUGAAUCCCCUCGGCAGCCGACCGCCGCGGUAUCGCACUCCCUCGCCGCCGCGACGCGCCGUCGAGCCUAUCUCGCCCUGUUCCACCUCCGAACUCCGUGCCUCAUGGGUCGACCGCAACGUCUCCAGAGUUGCCGCCUCCGAUCGCGACCACUUCAUACCGAACACCAUUGGAUACCGUCAUGAUGAUGAGACAGCGGCUCAUCGGUCGAGCCAUGGCCGCUCCGGCUCAACCAUCGACGCCCUCGCGACGAUCGCUUUAGCGACGAGUCCAACCUUUGCACCUCUUUCCUAUAGACCUCCCUCGCAAAACUCCACCCCCGCCAUGUCGCUAUUUCCGCCCGAACCUAUAGAAUCCGCAGAACGUCCGACAAAGCGCCCGCGGUCGGAAAAAGAUCAGUCCCCGUUCCUCCAGCACCGGACAGUGGCAGUCCCGGAUGCAAAUUCUGCUUCGCUAUUUGACAGCAUGAAGACAGACGCCGAGCUUUUGCUGAACCUUGCGCGGCCCACAAAUUUUCAUCCGCCUGCUUCUGCUGCGAAACGAGUCAGCAUCGACGAGUCGUUUUAUCAUUAUGGGGAUGAACAAAAGCGGCAUGUCACGGCGGACUCCGGAGGGCUGAGCUGGAGGGUCCACGACGAAAAAUACACAUAUAAUACAUCGGGGAAUCACAACCUGCCACCAUCUCGGCUGAGGUCACAGUCUGAUGGAUCGGCCGCAAUCUCACGCCCGGCGAUCCAAGGCUUGCGGCCUAAUACGAGCUCCUCCACUCUUCCACCCAUCCUCUGGCAGGAGGAAGGCGAGGCCGGAGACGAUCAUUGGGUCUCAACGACCAAAACUACCGUGAACGGUAUGCCGUCCGCUGUACGAAGCUCAAUGCACGCGACCGAUGUUACACAGAUGCCAACAGACCAACCCUCCAAGGUCGAGGACGACCCGGAAUCCGAGGAAUCUAGCCAGGCUAGUUGCGCAGCCUGCAAUCUUGUCCGGAUUCCGAUAGACACUGGCGAGCAAGGCGAUGUGACAUGGAUCAGCUGUGACGGCUGUAAGCGGUGGUUUCACAUCGUCUGUGCCGGGUUCAAGAAUGAUCGCGAGAUUCGGACGGUGGACAAGUUUAUCUGCCGAGGAUGCCGACCAGUCCAUGGUCAGACUACGUUCGUUCGGAAGUCUUCUCGAGCUCGUACCGCUAUUGAUUAUGCUGGCCUCAACCAGGGGCUGGUGAAGGCCGCGACGGAUUCGUUGGAACACCACUACAUUGAACCCAUUCGACAGGGCAAAAUCCAAUUUCUCCCCGAAAGCUUCCCUCGGAUGCGCCCGGAGCUGGUCACUGCCGAGUAUUUUGAGCGAGGCAACGGCAUGACGGAACCGAUCGUCAUCCCCGCGGAAUGGAACACUCGUGAGUCCGUCUGGCUCAGCGAUUCCGAGCUCGAUACCUUGGCCCAAGAAGCCCCCACGCAAGAAAUGUUCGAUGAGUUGCUCGAGCACCUCGUCGAAGAGGAAGCCGAAAGGAGCCACGAGCAAGUCGUGGACUGCGGCCAGGACCAGCUGGACAUGGUAAUUCCUCAAGGCCUCACCGUUCGCAGGGUCGCGGAGCUGUAUGGUCCGGAAGAAAGGGUGGAAGUCAUUGACGUGAAGUCACAACAGGGAGAAGAUAAGAGGUGGACCAUGCAGAAGUGGGCGGAUUACUACGAAAGCACUGGCGACAAGGUGGUCCGCAACGUUAUCAGUUUGGAGGUAUCUCAGAGCCCAUUGGGUCGGUUGAUCCGCCGACCAAAGGUUGUCCGUGACCUUGACCUCCAAGACUCGGUCUGGCCUGAUGAACUCAAGGCGGUUGGGGACUAUCCGAAAGUUCAGUUCUACUGUUUGAUGUCUGUUGCCGACUGCUACACCGAUUUUCAUAUCGACUUUGGAGGGUCAUCCGUCUAUUACCAUAUUCUGAAGGGCAAAAAGACCUUCUUCUUCAUCCCGCCCAAGGACAAACAUCUGAAGAAGUAUGAAGAAUGGUGUAAUUCUCCCGCUCAGGAUUCCACCUUUCUCGGCGACCAGACCAAGGAAUGUUACCGCGUGGAUCUUUCUGAGGGCGAUACGAUGCUGAUCCCAUCAGGCUGGAUCCACGCCGUUUGGACCCCUGAAAACAGCCUGGUCAUCGGCGGCAACUUCCUAACGAGGCUAAAUUAUGGGAUGCAGAUCAAGAUCGCGCAGAUUGAGAAGGACACCAAGGUCCCAAGGAAGUUUCGGUACCCAUUCUUUCAGAAGAUCCAAUGGUAUACCGCGUUGAGGUAUCUGGAGGAUGACCCUCUACCCCAGAGCGUUUUGGACGCGUUCGUGCAAGACGAAAACCACCGCUUUCACCGAGGAUACCCGAUCUACUAUGAAUUUGGAGAACGAGCGAAUCAUGCACCUGCCGGAUCGCCCUAUCAUAACGCGCGCUUCUAUUCACAGGCUGAACUGGAAGGGUUGCCCGAUCUUGCAAAAUACCUCCUCCGCACCGCUCUGAUUGCGGGCUCCUACCUUGUCGAAGGCGUAACCAUGGAUGCCCGGAAUGCAGUCCGGCGAUCGAUACCGAAGAUGUCCGGGGACCCGAUCGAUGCAGUGAGGAAGUUCGGGAUUUGGGUGGCCUGGAAGCGUGGCAAUGAGAGGGCCCCGCAUUGGACUCGUCCGGGGGUGAUUGAAAGCAACGCCAAACUCAGUCUGGCGGAGAAGAAGCCCGCCGGACGACCCAGUCGUCGCUCCGAGCGUAAUGCUGACAGUCAGCGCACGUACGCGGAGAGACAGGCCGUGCAGCGGCUUCCGGAGCAGCCCCAGGACGCUUCUGCUGACUUCAGUAGCCUCAACAGCUCCAGCAUCCCCCCCAGUUCCGGAACCGCUAUACAAGACAGCUUAAGUAGUGGAGCCAAAGAAGAGGCUGCUCCCAAGCCGCGCACUGCACCCCGGGGCUCCGGAUUGGGUCCCAAGCGAGUUGCCUGUGACGCAUGUCGGAAACGAAGGAUCCGGUGUCACCACAAGGACGAACACAACGACGGAGUCUCCGGCAAGCAAACGGCCGUGGCCGCUUUUGCUACCGGCAACCAUUCGCUGGCACACGAUGCAGCGUCGGCGCUGAACUCACUUGCUGCCAUUGCAUCGGAGGCGGGCUUCCAAGACAAUGGAAAUGGCAGGAAUGCGGACCGGUUCGAUGUCCCGGGAAAGUUUAACCCCGCCAUAUUGAGUACGCCGCGUGCGCCUGUCAACGGAUUUGGACUCAAUGAUGCCAGCCCCGAAGGCGCCAACACCGGCAAGAAGGGCCGUAGCAAGGCAUGUGACGAUUGUCGGAAGAGCAAGCGCCGGUGUAUUCACGACGAGUAUGGUCGAAUUGACCCCGUCAAAGCUCAAGAACGAGCCAAGCCCCGUGCUGCUGCUUCUGCCAAACGACCUCGCACUAACGAAGAGGGUGCCAGCUCGAUCCAUAGCAAACGGAUGAAGCAGGAGAGUACAUCGCCUACGUCGAGACCAGCACAUCUUAGCAACAGCCGUGAGGGUGAUAUGCUGGAGACGCAGGAUGCUCGCCUAUCUGACCAUGCUCAUCCCGUCUUGGAUUUCAAUGGCCCCUUUGCAGAUGCGUCGCAGGUUGAUCAAGACUUCCCCCAGCAAUCCGAUAUAGCUGUUGAGGAGAAGGAAGCGGCCCUCGGGCCGACCUCGUACGCUUCGCCGCCUGCAUUCCAGACCGACACCGUCGACGCUAAGGAGAUGGACUCGGCACCGGUCUCUAAGCCGACUGCAACCCUUGUAUCACCACCGACCUCGCUGGCCGAUGAGACAGACGUUCCUCAUGACCAUGUGGACGGGGAAGGGGAUCAUGCGGUGGUCCUCCACACGCCAACAUCCAGCUCCCGCCAUUCCUCCCGCCAACCCCGCCAGGUCGACCGGUAUGUGCCCGAAGUUCAUGUUCCUAAGCUGGUCAAGGCCCCGACGCAAACCCCCACGGCACGCCGUUCUUCGUUCGGCGGAUCCAGCGGUGGUGGGCGCAAAUCCACCCCGGGACCGUCUUCGGGCUCCAAGAAGUCGUCCUCGCGGCCUUCCUCGUCGUCGCAUGCCAAGAAGAGCUUCUGGUCCACGGAUGACCGAAAAGGCGAACGGCAUGCUGCGUCGUCGACCUCUCCCGGGCAGCUGGGCAAGAACUCGAAGCGUGUGGCGGACGAGGAGCCGGAUGCGGAGAGCCUUCGCUUGAUUCGCGAACUGCAGGAAGCGGAGUUUGGGCUACGGAAGCGAUCCACGCGGGUUUGAAGACGGGGUCGCCUGCGGUGCCUGGCUCCCGCACGAUGGAGAUUGAUGCCGGGUAUGAAUUUCUUGUUUUCCACCAUUUUAG